AUCUGGAUGGGAGGGAAACCCCGUUGAUCGCAGAGAGAGUGAGAAUCAGCUGUGCUGUUGGAGCAAGAACAUUAUUUUUUCGCGUAAUCAGUCCUGAACCGCCAUGGAGAAGGGUGACGUGGAGCUCAGGGCCAUGCUGGUGCAGAAGGCCAAGCUGGCCGAGCAGGCGGAGCGCUACGACGACAUGGCGGCCUCCAUGAAGAAGGUGACGGAGCUGGGCGAGGAGCUCUCCAACGAGGAGCGCAACCUGCUGUCGGUGGCCUACAAGAACGUGGUGGGCGCCCGCCGCUCCUCCUGGCGGGUGGUGUCCAGCAUCGAGCAGAAGACCGAGGGCAACGACAAGAAGCAGCAGAUGGCCAAGGAGUACAGGGAGACCAUCGAGCUGGAGCUGAAGGACAUCUGCAAGGACGUGCUGGAUCUCCUGCAGAAUUACCUCAUCCCCAACGCCACUCCCGCCGAGAGCAAAGUGUUCUACUUGAAGAUGAAGGGCGAUUACUACCGCUACUUGGCCGAGGUCGCCGUGGGAGACGACAAAACGCCCAUCAUCACCAACUCGCAGGAGGCCUACCAGGCCGCCGUGGACAUCAGCAAGAACGACAUGCAGCCCACGCACCCCAUCCGCCUGGGCCUGGCCCUCAACUUCUCCGUGUUCUUCUACGAGAUCCUCAACUCGCCCGAGCAGGCCUGCAAGCUCGCCAAGACGGCUUUUGAUGAGGCAAUCGCUGAGCUCGACACACUGAACGAAGACUCGUACAAAGACAGCACGCUGAUAAUGCAGCUCCUAAGAGACAACUUGACACUAUGGACCUCAGACAACCAGGGAGACGGCGACGACGCCGAGGAGGGCCGAGAGAACUGAGCCCCGCCUCCAUGCUCCCGGCUACCUGUCAAUCAUCCCAGCUCACCGUCAACACCGAGACCACCUCAUCUGUCCCUCUAUUCUUCACGUCUUUCACCAGCCUCCGGCACUCGUUUUUAGUGUACAUAGAGGGAGGGGAGGGGGAGGAGGAUGGGAUGGGAUGGGAUGAGAUGGGAUGGGAUGGGAUGGGGGGGGGUACAACAGGGUACAUAGGCUGGGGUGUGUUAGUUGUCAUUUUCCUAAAAAUCAAAAUGGGUUUUGCAGAAUAGGGGUUGGGGGGAUGGGUUUAGUUAGUUGAUUAUAUUUAUUCCUUAUCCAUGCGUGAAUCAUCUAGUGUUCAUCGUUGUUGUUUUUAUACAUCUGUGGUUCACAUCAUGAAGCCAACGUGAAAAUGUGAUUGGGGGUGAAGGGGGGGGGUGUCUGUAACUAGCCAAUGGGCAGGAGGACCUUCAAAAGUAAACCAAAUGACUGUUGAGCACUAAAUCUGUAAAAGAUGGGCAGGUAAGGAGGAAGUGUUCCAUUUACUGCCAUCUGCUCAAGUUAAUAAUCUCAUCUUUGGUUACCCGCAAAGUCAUUUUUAUUUCUAUGUAACACAAUUAUGAGGUGUAGAAUACCUAUGAUCAGAACAAGCACUUGAUAUUGCUUGGAACUUUUAAUAUUGUAUAUUGAGCAGAACAGUAAAAAAAAUCCCAUGUGCUUAUCUAGUUACUACUAUUUCCUUGUUAGGGUUGUUAUUUGUUUUUUAUUAUUAUUUUCCUUUUAAUCCUUGUUUCCUAUUUUGAUACUUACCUAAAUGCAUGUGGCUGAGAGGAGUUUGAGGCGGACAUGGAGAUCGCUGUUGGGCUGGCUAGCUUUCAUGUCUUUGGAAUUUUCAUACGAAAAACCCCAAACAUAAUUGUUAUUUGGAGG